UUCUCUGUUUUGCUCGCACUGUUACACUUUCUCUGUCCCCCUGGCUUUGUUAUUCAGCAUGUCUGAUUAGCAGGAGCCUGAUUGGCUGGCUGCCUGCUCCGAGAGAGAUUCCAUUCAGCUUACCCCCCACCCAUCCACCCACCCACCCCUCCGCCAGGAAAUGUGAGUGGGGCUGAUGGAAGCUGAUAGGCAGGAGCGGAGUGUUAGCAGCAGGACUGGAUGUGACAGCAGGCAGAGGAGCACUUAGCAGCUUAUUCAGUGUCCGAUUCGGAUUCCGGCAAGGAUCCAAGUAUGGAAUGCUGCCGUCGGGCAACUCCUGGCACAUCGCUCCUCUUUCUGGCUUUCCUGCUCCUGAGCUCCAGGACAGCGCGCUCCGAGGAGGACCGGGAUGGCCUGUGGGACGCCUGGGGUCCAUGGAGCGAGUGCUCGCGCACCUGCGGUGGAGGGGCUUCCUACUCCCUGAGACGCUGCCUCAGUAGCAAGAGCUGCGAAGGAAGAAAUAUCCGAUAUAGAACAUGCAGUAAUGUGGACUGCCCACCAGAAGCAGGGGAUUUCCGAGCUCAGCAAUGCUCAGCUCACAAUGACGUCAAGCACCAUGGCCAGUUUUAUGAAUGGCUUCCUGUGUCCAAUGAUCCUGACAACCCAUGUUCACUCAAGUGCCAGGCCAAAGGAACAGCCUUGGUUGUUGAGCUAGCGCCUAAAGUUCUAGACGGCACUCGGUGCUACACAGAGUCCUUGGACAUGUGCAUCAGUGGUUUAUGCCAAAUUGUUGGCUGCGAUCACCAGCUGGGAAGCACCGUCAAGGAAGAUAACUGUGGGGUCUGCAAUGGAGAUGGGUCCACCUGCCGGCUGGUUCGAGGGCAGUAUAAAUCCCAGCUCUCCACAACCAAAUUAGAUGACACGGUGGUUGCCAUUCCCUACGGAAGUAGACAUAUUCGCCUUGUUUUAAAAGGACCUGAUCACUUGUAUCUGGAAACCAAAACCCUGCAGGGGGUUAAAGGUGAAAGCGGUCUCAGCUCUACAGGCACCUUUCUUGUGGACAAUUCUAGUGUGGACUUCCAGAAAUUUCCAGACAAAGAGAUACUGAGAAUGGCUGGACCACUCACAGCAGAUUUUAUUGUCAAGAUUCGUAACUCGGGGCCUGCUGACAGCACAGUCCAGUUCAUCUUCUAUCAGCCUAUCAUCCACCGAUGGAGGGAGACGGAUUUCUUUCCUUGUUCCGCAACCUGUGGAGGAGGUUACCAGCUGACUUCCGCUGAGUGUUAUGAUCUUCGAAGCAACCGCGUGGUGGCCGAUCAAUACUGUCACUAUUACCCAGAGAACGUCAAACCCAAACCCAAGCUUCAGGAGUGCAACUUGGAUCCCUGUCCAGCCAGUGACGGAUACAAGCAGAUCAUGCCUUAUGACCUCUACCAUCCCCUUCCUCGGUGGGAGGCCACCCCGUGGACCGCGUGCUCCUCCUCGUGUGGGGGGGGCAUCCAGAGCCGGGCAGUUUCCUGUGUGGAGGAGGACAUCCAGGGGCAUGUCACUUCAGUGGAAGAGUGGAAAUGCAUGUACACCCCUAAGAUGCCCAUCGUGCAGCCCUGCAACAUUUUUGACUGCCCUAAAUGGCUGGCACAGGAGUGGUCUCCGUGCACGGUGACAUGUGGCCAGGGCCUCAGGUACCGUGUGGUCCUCUGCAUUGACCAUCGAGGAAUGCACACAGGAGGCUGUAGCCCGAAAACAAAGCCCCACAUAAAAGAGGAAUGCAUCAUACCCACUCCCUGCUAUAAACCCAAAGAGAAACUACCUGUAGAGGCCAAGCUCCCAUGGUACAAACAAGCUCAAGAGCUGGAAGAAGGAGCUGUUGUGUCAGAAGAGCCCUCGUUCAUCCCAGAGGCCUGGUCAGCCUGCACAGUGACCUGUGGCGUGGGGACCCAGGUGCGAAUGGUCAGGUGCCAGGUGCUCCUGUCUUUCUCUCAGUCCGUGGCUGACCUGCCUGUUGAUGAAUGUGAAGGACCCAAGCCGGCAUCCCAGCGUGCCUGUUAUGCAGGACCAUGCAACGGGGAAAUUCCUGAGUUUAGCCCAGAGGAGACAGAUGGGCUCUUCGGUGGCCUGCAAGAUUUUGAUGAACUGUAUGACUGGGAAUAUGAGGGCUUCACCAAGUGCACCGAGUCGUGUGCAGGAGGUGUCCAGGAGGCUGUGGUGAGCUGCCUGAACAAACAGACGCGGGAGCCUGCUGAUGAGAGCUUAUGCAUGACCAGCCGCCGGCCCCCACAGCUCCUGAAAUCCUGCAACUUGGAUCCCUGCCCAGCAAGGUGGGAAAUUGGCAAGUGGAGUCCAUGUAGUCUCACCUGUGGGGUUGGUCUGCAGACCAGAGAUGUCUUCUGCUCCCACCUGCUUUCCAGGGAGAUGAAUGAGACAAUAAUCCUGGCUGAUGAGCUAUGUCACCAGCCCAAGCCCAGCACUGUGCAGGCCUGUAACCGGUUCAAUUGCCCUCCAGCCUGGUACCCUGCACACUGGCAGCCGUGUUCCAGGACAUGUGGAGGGGGCAUUCAGAAACGUGAGGUUCUGUGCAAGCAGCGCAUGGCUGAUGGUAGCUUCUUGGAGCUUCCUGAAACCUUCUGUUCAGCCUCAAAACUGGCCUCCCAGCAAGCCUGCAGGAAAGAUGACUGCCCCAGCGAGUGGCUUCUCUCUGACUGGACAGAGUGUUCCACGAGCUGCGGUGAGGGUACCCAGACUCGCAGUGCCACCUGCCGGAGAGUGCUGAAAACUGGGGUCUCAACUAUUGUCAAUUCCACCCUGUGCCCACCUCUGCCUUUCUCUUCCUCCAUCAGACCCUGUAUGCUGGCACCCUGUGCAAAGCCUGGCCGGCCGUCCACAAAGCACAGCCCUCACAUCACAGCCGUGAGGAAGAUAUACAUCCAGACACGCAGGCAGAGGAAGCUGCACUUCGUCGUGGGAGGAUUCGCAUACCUGCUUCCCAAGACCUCAGUGGUGCUCCGAUGUCCCACACGAAGGUUCCGCAAGCCCCUCAUCACCUGGGAGAAAGACGGCCAGCACCUUAUCAGCUCCGCUCAUGUCACGGUGGCCCCUUUUGGCUACCUGAAGAUCCAUCGCCUCAAGCCCUCUGACACAGGCAUCUAUGCCUGUUCUGCAGGGCCAGCCCGGGAGCAGUUUGUGAUUAAGCUCAUUGGAGGCAACCAGAAACUUGUGGCCCAACCCUUGAGCCUGAGAAGUGAGGAAGAAGCCCUCACAGUGAGGAAAGCCAGCCCAAAUGAGGCCCUGCGGGCCCACAAACACCAAAAUGGAAUCUUCUCCAAUGGCAGCAAGGCUGAGAAACGGGGCCUCGCUGCCGACCCAGGAAGCCGCUAUGAUGACAUUGUCUCCCGGCUACUGGAGCAAGGGGGCUGGCCUGGAGAGCUCCUUACCUCCCGGGAGGUCCAGGACUCUACAGAAAGGAACGCAUCUUCGGAGGAGGAUCAGAAUGCUGAGCAGGCCCUUCUGCACCUUCCCUUCACCAUGGUGACUGAGCAGAGGCGCCUGGACGACAUCCUCAGGAACCUCUCCCAGCAGCCCGAGGAGCUGCGUGACAUCUACAGCAAGCAUCUGGUGGCCCAACUGGCCCAGGAGAUCUUCCGCAGCCACCUCGAGCACCAGGAUAUGCUUCUCAAGCCCUCCGAGCGAAGGAUUCCGCCUGUGGCCAUCCCCCCUCACAAACACGUAUCUGGCUUCAGCAGCUCGCUCCGCACCUCCUCUUCUGGGGAAGCCGGAGGCAGCUCUCGCCGGCCACACCGCAAGCCCACCAUCUUGCGAAAGAUCUCAGCUGCCCAGCAGCUCUCGGCCUCUGAGGUGGUCACCCAUCUUGGGCAGACUGUGGCUCUGGCCAGUGGAACCCUGAGUGUCCUUCUGCACUGUGAGGCCAUAGGCAACCCAAGACCAACCAUCAGCUGGGCCAGGAAUGGAGAAGAGGUUCAGUUCAGCAACAGGAUUCUUCUACAACCAGAUGAUUCCUUACAGAUCUUGGCACCAGUGGAAGCUGAUGUGGGUUUCUACACUUGCAAUGCCACAAACGCCCUGGGAUAUGACUCCGUCUCCAUUGCCGUCACGUUAGCAGGAAAGCCACUGGUGAAAACUUCACGAUUGACUGUGAUCAACACGGAGGAGCCUGCAAUCACAGUUGACAUAGGAAGCACCAUCAGAACAGUGCAGGGAGUGAAUGUGACCAUUAACUGCCAAGUUGCAGGUGUACCUGAAGCUGAAGUCACUUGGUUCAGGAAUAAAAGCAAACUGGCCUCCCUUCACUACCUGCACGAGGGCUCUUUGCUACUCACAAAUGUGUCUUCCUCAGACCAAGGCCUGUACUCCUGCAGGGCAGCCAAUCUGCACGGGGAGCUGACUGAGAAUACUCAGCUACUGAUUCUAGAUCCCCCCCAAGUCCCCAUGCAGUUGGAAGAGAUCAGGGCCUUGCUUUCAGCCACUGGACCGAACCUUCCUUCAGUGCUGACGUCUCCUGUGGGAACACAGCUGGUCCUGGAUCCUGGGAAUUCUGCUGUCCUUGGCUGCCCCAUCCAAGGUCACCCUACUCCCAAUAUCACCUGGUUCCAUGGUGGCCAGCCAAUUGCCACUGCCACAGGACUGACAUACCAUAUCUUGGCAGCAGGACAGAUUCUUCACGUUGCCAAUCUUAGUGGCGGGUCUCAAGGGGAAUUCAGCUGCCUUGCUCAGAAUGAGGCAGGAAUGCUCAUGCAGAAGGCUUCUCUAGUGAUCCAAGAUUACUGGUGGUCUGUAGACAGACUAGCGACCUGCUCAGCCUCCUGUGGUAACAGGGGCAUCCAGCAACCCCGUCUGAGAUGUCUCCUGAACAGCACGGAGGUCAGCCCCACUCACUGCGCAGGGAAGGUGCGCCCUGCUGUGCAGCCCAUUGCCUGCAACCGGAGAGACUGCCCUUCUCGGUGGAUGGUGACCUCUUGGUCCGCCUGUACCCGGAGCUGUGGGGGAGGCGUCCAGACCCGCCGGGUGACCUGUCAGAAGCUGAAAGCUUCCGGGAUCUCCACUCCUGUGCCCAAUGACAUAUGUACCCAGCUCGCCAAACGGCCUGUCGACACCCAGGCGUGUAACCAACAGCUGUGUGUGGAGUGGGCCGUCUCCAGCUGGGGCCAGUGCAAUGGGCCAUGCAUUGGGCCUCAUCUAGCAGUGCAGCACAGGCAGGUCUUCUGCCAGACACGGGAUGGUAUCACCUUACCGUCAGAGCAGUGCAGUGCCCUGCCGAGGCCCAUGAGCACCCAGAACUGCUGGUCUGAGGCCUGCAGUGUACACUGGAGGGUCAGCCUGUGGACCCUGUGCACGGCGACCUGUGGCAACUACGGCUUCCAGUCCCGGCGGGUGGAGUGUGUGCACGUCCGCACCAACAAGGCAGUGCCGGAGCACUUGUGCUCCUGGGGGCCCAGGCCCGCCAACUGGCAGCGCUGCAACAUCACCCCAUGUGAAAACAUGGAGUGCAGAGACACCACCAGGUACUGCGAGAAGGUGAAACAGCUGAAACUCUGCCAGCUCAGCCAGUUCAAAUCUCGCUGCUGUGGAACUUGUGGCAAAGCGUGAAGACAGGGCACAGGGAGAAACGCUACCCUGGCCAUGCAAAGGACUCACGCAACCCCCUUGGAUAGAACUUAAGCUUUUUUCGUUUUAUUUAUUUAUUUCUCCCUCCCCAGCCUCCACCUGACACUCUCAUCCAACUUCUCUCCCCCACCCUCCCCCCGCAGUCAUAAGGACCUCAGCAAGUUUUCUCUUUCAGUUAGCUGAAGGGCAGAAUGUUGGGAAAGGAAAAGGACAGAGGUCUAAGGAGGUUGCCGAGCAGACCAGGCCAGACAGCAGGAGCUCUCUUGCAGAGCUGGCUCCCUCCCAAACCUGGGUCCGAAAGAGACCUACGAAGAGGCAGGCACAGCUCCAGGAUAGCUGAGAGCCAGCAGUAGACUAGAGAUGGGUGGGCAGGGGGUGCCAGAGGGUGUGUGAGGUAUUGGUACCAACUGGACAACAAACUUCCCUGGAAGCUCACUGCUAAUGCAGGAGUGUGCGCGCCUGUGUCUCCCCCUCAGUCAUGAGAGGGACAAGGUGGGAGAGAGGAGGAUGCGGUGCUGGGGCAGAAACCAGCUCAGCUUUUCUAGUGGAGGGCACAGAGAGGAGAGUACUCAAGAUAUGGAUAGGUAGGGCUGAAAGAAGGGACAAUCAGAGUAGGCCUGAAGCUCACCAGGAUGCAGAAAGUCAAGUAGGGAGGGAAGGGGGACUAGAAGCGAAAAGAAACCUGUGUAUUAAUUCAUCAGCAGAAAAGUCAAGGGUGGAGAGAUCCAGCAGGUGGGGCUUCAGGCGGAGCUCUGCGGAGGACACAGGCCCUGGGUGCCACGCUGUAGGGGGAGGCAUGCCCUCCAUGGGCGGGGGGAAGGAGAGCCCCCACAGUGUCUGAUGGAGCUUUCUGCCCUUGCACCUUCGGCAGAGCCAGGGAGAGGUCAGGCUCUGGCUGUGCAGUAAGGCCUGCCCUGGCAGCUCUGUAUCUAGAUCAAGUUCCCCAGCCCUGAACUAAGUGCUGCUGUGGCCUGGGGGCAUUUCAGGCAUGAAUAGGCCAGGUUUUCUGCUUAUGUGGCCUUUGCUGCUCCAUUGCAGGGCCAGGACCUGGGGUCAAUUUGUCAAAAAUCAAUUUGCCAGAGUCUCCAUUAGUUGCAGCAACCACUUCAUGCCAGGUUAGGGGGUGGGCUUGUGUGUGGGUGGCCACAUGUGCUCCGCCAGCCUGGGCAGCAACACGGGAGCACAGCAUGAGCACUGGCUCUGACACCUGGCCUGGUACUUAUAUAGCAGGUCACAGAGCAAGUGGUGAGCUGUGCAAACCCGAAGAAUAACAUCCAAGACUGGCCUCAAAGGCUUUCAGCCCACCCCCCUACAUGCCAAGAGUUGCUAUAAACUUCAUAGUAAUUAACAUACACCAGUUUCGGAGAUCCAGUAACUCAGCAGGCAGAGAUGCACACACACUUCAACAGUACUCAUCGGCGGCAGCGGUGAAAUGGCUGUAGCGAAACCAAGUGGAAAGACUAAAAAUGAGGGACUAUAUGGCAAAUCGCUCAUUCAGCAGAGCAGCUCAGGGUGAGUGAAGUGUUUUUUGCGUCUUCCUGGGAAGUGACCACAGGUGAGUAGCCAGGGAAGGGCAGCCAGAGUCACUCACCCCCAAGCUAAACCAUCCCCCCACAUGCACACUCAUGAAACCCACUCGCCCUGGGGCCACCAUUGACAUCAGGGCUGCAUUAGCCAGCCUGCCUGCAAGUUUUCUGGGGAAGACGACAUUAAGCUGUGUCCUCCCCGGGUGAGCUAUGGAGAAAUCAAGGUGGGUCUCUC